AUGGCCAGCCUGGGUUGGACCAAGUCGACCGUGCAAUCCCCCAAGACGGGCCUCGUCUUGGGCGAGUUGGAGCGACUUCCCAGCCCGCCUCGUAGUUCGUUUCCGCUACUUCCUCAUCCAUCCAUUCACUACUACUACUACUACUACCCCAUCUGA